GGGCUGAAUUUUAGUAUCCACGCGGACGCAGCCUGGGGAGCAUACUUCUCAUGCAUGUUCCGUGAACAUCAUGAUCCUUUAAUGGCUGCAAAAGAAGGCUUUGUUCCUGAACUCCAGCUUAAUAGCCACGUUACAGAGCAGCUGAAGGCUCUGAACCAGUGUGACACCAUUACCGUAGAUCCUCACAAAUCUGGAUUCUGCCCGUACCCAGCUGGGGCAAUCUGCUACCGUAACCAAGAUCUCAAUAACUUCCUUUCUUUAACCAGUGAUGUAGUCUACUAUCAUGGUAAUAUCAACUUUGGAGACCUUGGCCUGGAAGGAUCAAAACCUGGUGCAGCUGCCGCUGGAGUGCUGCUUGCCAACAGGGUGAUUGGGCUGCACAAGAAUGGAUAUGGCCGCAUCUUGGCCGAGUGCAUGUUCACCUCGAAGAUCCUUUAUUGCUACUGGGUUUGUAUGGCAGAGGAUCAUGACGAUUUCGUAUGUGAAACAACCAAGCCACUUCCAACCGAAACAAUCCCUAUUGCCCCCAACAGCGAUGUCAAGGUUGAUUACAAAACUUUCAUAAAACGCAACGUGUUGGGGAAAUCCAAUGAAGAGCUGUCUCAGGACGAAUACACAAUGUACAUCCUCAAAGAAAUUGGACCUGAUACCAUGAUUCCUUGCUUCUCCGUGAAUAUCCGCGGAAAUGAAAAUGUGAAACAAUGUAAUGAUAUUGUCGAUGCAAUUUUUAACGACCUGAGCCACGCUUCCACCGAACAAUCUGAACAGAGGGUCCCUAUGAUUGUGACGUCUUCUACAAUGCAAGAUCACAAGUACAGCUUAGCUCUGAAGAAAUUCAAGGAAAGACUUGGGCUAAGCACGGACAACAAAGAAGGAGUGAAGUACGUUAUCACCACAUGUCUGGAUCCGUGGUCCACUUCGUUGGAAUUCAUGGACGACUUUGCUGACAUCAUGAGGAACACAAUCCUCAAUGCUAUAGGAACAGUUACGGACAAGAAAGAUUGCCACAGUUUUGUUUGUACAGACAAAGUGAAUAGUCAGAACGAAGUGUUCGUGUGUUAUGUUGGAAGCUUUGGAAGCUUUCGCCAAACUCAGCACCAGUACUUCUCAGUUGCAAGGUUUAAGUUCCACUCAGAAGCCGACGUGGCUACUUUCAAUGACACUGUGCAGAAAGCUGGUGACCAGCCUGUGGUGAUGCAAAAUCUCAAAAGCGAACCAAGGGUGCUUCAUGACCUGCUGUUUAACGAUCCAGGGGAAAAAAGAGAAACCGUGAAGUUUAAUUUCUUUGUUGGCCUCCCCAAUGGAAAUAAUGAACCGUUCAUGACGGCCGACAUGGAGAUCAAAGACGUGCCCCGCUAUGACCACUUCGACAAAGCCGAUGACCAGUACCCUGAUGUUGCUACUUACGUCAUGUAUGGUGACUUGAAAGAUGCCUACCUGUUCCAUUAUCCGACAAAGUACCCUGAUUACUUGCAGAUUGUCAGACUUACAGAAGUCCAUGAAGGCUUGGGCAAUGAUAGUGAAAAAUCAGUGAUUCUGAAGCAAGGCGUGGAUGCUGAGUUGCCCACGGUUCCCGGCUCCCCAACCACUGACCCUAAAACUGGGAAGAUCAAGGACCCCUUGGAAGAAACCAAAUACGACAUAGAAUUCGUAGGAAUUCAAGGGCAGGAAAUUAAAACCACUGUCAUGAUACAAAAGAAGAUUUGGUUUGACGGUGAAGUGCUAAACAAAUCUGCAGUUGCAUAAGAACGUAGUAAAAUAAGAGAUUCCUGCUGAAUACUAAUUGUGAUAUUGGGUUCAGGGCAGAUAAAAGGAAUAUGUUUCUGUUCUAGCCUUAUUAAGCUGACAGAGUUUGGAAAUUAGCUCCACGCAUACUGCUUAGGCCUCGAUACUGUUGAUUCAGGUUCCUUUCAAAGUAGUCUACGGCGAGUGAAAAUCACGUGACAGUUACGCUGUCACGAUGUCUUAGUCUUUCAAGUUAGUCUGUAACGAGUGACAAUCACGUGAUAAUUACGCUGUCACGAUGUCUUAGUUAAUGGAAUCCGAUAGUUAUUGGUGUAAUGGGAGGCGAACCUAACGUUCAAUUAGACUUGAAAAGCAUUGCGAGGUCGUUGAUGUAGAAUACCUAGAGAAGUAGUUUUAACCAACUGUUGGAUGUGGUUUGCUGCAUAACAAUAAAGUCAAUUAGCUGACAAGUUA